AUGCGACGCUCAGACAAAACCCACAUCAUGGAGCGCAACGGUAAACGUGAGACCGUCAGUAUUGAUCGACUCGAAUAUGCGCACUUGGAGAAAACCAGCACCAACGCGUUUGGUCCUCCACCAUUUGCGCCACCCGCAACUCCCGUCCCAACAAGUCCUGCUCGCUCAAUCCCGUUAAAUCCCGCGACACCCUUGGAGCAGGCACCUGGUCCCUCCCCUCUGCAUCGGAUCAUUAGUCUCGGGAGAGCCCUUAAGCCACCUGUUCUGACCUCAACUCGGGAGAAAAACCUCGGCCAAGAGAACGCAGCGAGAAAGAAGAUUGGCACUUUUUCCACCGCUACCACCACUCCAGCAUACUGA